AUCAAGCAGAGUACACCAUCCAGAAUAAAAAUCAAUGCGCCGUAUGCAAUGCCUGAAUGCCAUCCCCAUCUCUGCUGCAGCCCCACUUGCCAGAAGGCUCAUGUCAAGUCUCGCUUGCCGCAAUCUGUUCAUCGGAGGCCUUUCAUACGACACCAAUGAAGCUGUUCUAAAGGGAGCUUUUGAGAGCCAUGGUGAAUUAAUUGAAGUGAAGGUAAUAUGUGACCACAAAAGUGGGAAAUCCAAGGGCUAUGGGUUUGUGAAAUUUGAGUCUGAAACUGCAGCAAGCAAGGCUUUAAAGGAAAUGGAUGGCCAGUUAUUGGAUGGCAGAAGCAUAAGAGUCCAUUAUGCCCAGAAAGGAUGACUUCCAAGGUUACCACACAUGAUACUUCGGUUUCUGCUCAAUGAGCAAAAGUCUAGUCUCUAUCGAUCAGUUGAGUCACCAUGCUUUUUCCCUCCAGUCUUGUCAGGCCAGGGUGGGGGGUGCAGUGCGUGCCAAUUUCUAGGUCUUUAAUGCACCUGCGCGUGCACUGCCAAUUUCUUCUUCUUCUUUUUUUUUUUUGGCAAAAAAAUCAAUAGGAGUUCAAUUUUCUUCUUUUUCUUCUCACCUCUUUCUUCCACAUAAGCUUCAAAGCCUGGAGAAACUCUUCAAAAUCCAAUGUUGUAGAUGCUAUUACUAAAUACGUAGUAUCAAUAUGCUAUUGACA